CCAGUUUGUCCACAGCUUCAAGGAGACACUUUCUAACACGAUGACUGACGCAGAAUCUUUGGAUAAGCCGCCGACAGAUGGUGAGAGUGGUGGUCUUAAAAAGAGCAAAAAGAAGCAAAAGAGAGAAAAUGCUUGGAGACCAGAGGGAGCCAGAGACCCAUUUGCUAUGCUGGAUUCUCUGCCAGAGAAGGAACAGCAGGAGAUACAGAAAGCCCUUCAUCUUUUCUCUCUGGGCACCAGCUUGCCUAAGACCCUGCAACAGGCCAAAAACCACACCUACCGCUUCUGGGACACGCAGCCCGUCACCAAACUGGGUGACCACGUUACGACUCAUGGCCCAGUCGAGGAGGUGGACGCCAGCAUCCGGAGCGAGCCAUGCUUACUUCCUCAGGGAUUCUCCUGGGAUACUCUGGACUUGAGCAGYCCUUUUGUGUUGGGAGAGCUGAGCCAUUUGCUAAAUGAGAAUUACAUGGAAGAAGAUGACAACACAAUCAGAUUUAACUUUUCUCCUGAGUAUCUACUGUGGGCUUUACAGCCUCCAAACUGGCUGCUCCAGUGGAACUUGGGCGUGAGAGUAGACGCAAACAAGAAGUUAGUCGGUUUCAUUGCUGCUGUACCUGCUGAUGUUCGCAUUUACGAGACGAAGAAGCGGUUGGUGCAGGUCAGAUUCCUGUGUGUUCAUAAGAAACUGCGCCUCAAGCGGAUGACGCCGGUUCUGAUUCGGGAACUUACCAGAAGGGUCAACCAGCAGGGGGUCUACCAGGCUGUCUAUGCAGCUGGCACAGUGUUGCCAACACCAAUAAGCUCCUGCAGCCAGUGGCAUCGCCCUUUGAAUCCCCGUAAGCUAAUGGAGGUCAACUACCCCGGUCUAAAGCAGAACAUGAAUCUGCAGCGAGCCUUGAAGUUUAACCGCUUACCUGAGGUGACAAAGAUAAAGGGCCUGCGUCCUAUGACUGAAGCAGAUGCUCCAAGGAUCCUGUCAUUACUUGAGAAAAAUCUCUCCAACUUCCACCUCAGCCCUCUCUUAUCGCUGCAGGAAGUAGAGCACUGGUACUUACCGAAGGAGAAUGUGAAUGACACCUACGUGGUGGAGGCGGACAAUGGUACUCUGACUGACAUGGUGAGCUUCUAUACCGUCUCCUCCAGGGUGCUAAACCAUCCAGUUCACACCGGUCUGAGAGCCGCUUGUCUUCUGUACGCCGUCUGUAAUACCACUGGGGUGGCUGACCUCAUGGAGGACACACUGGUUCUGGCUAAAUCUAAAGGCUGUGAUGUCUUCUGUGCUCUUGAUGUGAUGGAUAACAUGAGCUUCUUGGAAAAGCUGAAGUUCACCAUCAGCGAUAAGAGUGUCCAUUACUACCUGUACAACUGGAAGUGUCCUCUCAUGAGCCCGGACAAGGUCAGUCUGGUGUUACCCAACUAAUCUGACGCAUUGAAGACGGAAUGAUCUGCAUCACUACCUGUGCUUUCAGCAGUCACUAUGAUGUACAAAAUUAGAAAAAAGGAAAAGUAACUGAAGGAGCAGUUGCAGUCAGAUGGAUUCAUCUAUUACAUUGUAAUGUCUGUGUUUGUGUGUUUACAUGUGAAUGCACGUGUGUGAGACUGUGCGUGGGUAUAAUUAUCAACAUCAAAAGCCCUGUGGUUGUAAUGUUACCAUGAUCAGUCCUAAAACUGCAUUAACCACUGACUAAAGCUCCAGUUUUAGAAUGUCAAGAAUAAACAACCAUGUAAAACUCAUCGUUUAAUUCAGAAGACAUGUUAGACCAAAGGAAAACAUAAUAAAAUCCUUACUGUCCUGAAAA